ACACCCGCCGGGGAGAAAGUCCCGCGGAUCGCCCCGGUGUCGUCCCCCGGCGGAGUCUGCGGUCCGCCCCGGGGCCCACCGCCCGCUCCGCCCGCCCGCGCCCGCCGCCAAGGCCAGGGCCGCCCGCAGCGCGUAUCCGGGCCGUGGGCGCCCCAGCCGGAGGCGGAACGGCGGGGGCGCAGGCGGCGGCCCGGAGGCGAGCACCCCUGCGGGCAGCGGCGAAGCGACCUUGCCGAGAGCUGUUUGGAUGUAAGAAAGAAACGGGCCGUUUAUAAUCUGUAAAAUGUAAUCUGAGCAGAAGCGGAGCCUGACAGUAUUUUCCCUGAGGAUUCGUCAUUCCUUCUGAGAGUGAAACUGAUUGAUGUGAACGUAAAGAAAAGACUCAAUAACCAAGAUGCUUUGGAGCCAGAAUGCUUCCCCUCUUAGAUCUCGGAAUCUGUGUCUCGUGGUGUAUAUCAGCCUCCUGUCUGGUGUGUUAUCUUUGCUGCCUGAUUUGUCAGACAAAUCUUGCACUUUCAAGGUGACACUACGCAAUUUCCGGGUCAUCUUAUCUUGGGAAGUGAAAAACCAUUCGAUCGUACCAGAUCGCUAUACAUUACAGUACACGGUUAUAAGUAGACCAGACGGUGUGAAGAUUGUGGAGCACUGUUCAAAUAUCACAGCAUCAUUCUGUGACCUAACGGAUGUGUGGGAGGUCCUGCCCGAGACAUACGCCGUCACAGUUGACGGGUUCAGAGGGAACACAACGCUGGUCACGUGUUUCGUCGAUUUCUUCCUGGCAGCAUACAUAUCCUUGGAACCACCAGAGUUUGAUAUUGUUAACUUUACCGACCACAUUAACGUCAAUGUGAAUUUUCCACCCGUCCUUCCCAAGAUACUAGAAGAACUGUUACAGUUUCACCUAUCACUUAUCAUCGAAGAACAGUCAGGGGAGAUUGUCAAGAAGCAUAACCCCGCACUAGAUGAAAACGUCAUUGGAAAUUUCACUUACGUCAUCGACAAGUUACUUCCAAACACAAACUACUGUGUAUCUGUUUAUUUUAUGCCUAGAAAUCUGGAAGCAAUACGCAGAUCACCAGUAAAAUGUACCCUCCUUCAACCUGCACGGGACACAGGGUCAUCAGAAUCUGCCAGAAUAGGAGGAAUAAUUACUAUGUUUUUAAUAGCUGCUGUCUUCAUAAGCACCAUAAUAAUACUGAAACGGGUUGGUUAUAUAUGCUUAAGAAAUGAUUUCCCCAAAGUUUUGAAUUUUAAUAACUUGUCAGCCUGGGUAUUCCCUGAGAUGCCACCAUUGGAAGCAGUGGCUUUCGUGGAGGUGAUUCAUAUUAACAGGAAGAAGAAGGUGUGGAAUUACAAUUACGACGAUGAAAGUGACAGCAACGAUGAAACCACCGCCCCUCUGACAAGCACAGGGGGCUAUACCAAGCACGGGCUGCUGAGUGGGCUUCCGGGUCCCACCUCUGCCUCCUCGGCCACCGGGCAGGACUGCCUGGAGCCGGACACCGAGGAACCUAACCUGUCUGAGCCGGAGGCGGAGUCACUGAUGGCACCAGAGCCCAGCCCCCAGUUAGGGAAGCUGCUACAGGACCGCUUUUCCGAGGACGGCAGCUCCAUGGAAGAGGCUGGGGACAAAAUGAUCUUCAAUGUAAAUCUGAGCUCUGUAUUUGUGAGCACCCUCGAUGAUGAUUCGGACGUCCCUCCGGUGUUACCAAGUUUUCCAGAAGAGACAUAUGACCUAGAGGAUUCCCACACACUGGAACCAAGCUUUCUGGCCUCCGGCAGGGAAGGGACACAGCCAUCCUUUCCCACUCCCUCUGCAGAGUGCCCUUGGCCUGAAGAUGUGCUUUCUGACAAAAGUGACAGUUCUGAGUCGGAGGUUGACAUCGGGGAUGGCUAUAUAAUGAGGUGAACCCCCAAAAUAUUUAAUGACCGUGCACUGACCAAUACCUCCAGGGUUUCCCUCCCUGCACAGUCACUUUCUCCUCUGUGGUCCGCAAAGUUCCCGGGCU